AUGUUGUUCCACAAACAUAGGUUGAGGAUUUCCAUUAGGACUCAGUUGAUUGCAUUGGUUCUUUUUGUUGCCAUGUUCUCACUACUCGUGUUGGCCAUAGUGACGGGUGUUUAUUUCACUUCUGUAUUGACAAAUACCAGGGCACAGAAGUUAGAAGUCGUUGCCGAGUUGAAGAGUGCCCAAUUACAACAGACUAUGGAUACAAACUACUUUGAUGUUCUGCAAUUAAGUGAACGAGAAGUUGUUCAGAGAGCCCUUACAAUUAGGAAAGCAGGCAACACGUCACGUGCGGCGUUACAGAGCGUUCAACAACUACUAGAACAGACAUUGGAUGCCACCACCUCCAUGUCUUAUGCAAGAAUAUACGACUUGGACCUAGAAUUGGUGGCUAAUGUCUCUCACUCGUACGCAACCUAUAAUGCCUCAGAGGAGGCCUUGAACGAAUUAUUCAUCUUGGACAAAUAUAGAACUGAAGAUAUCACAACCAUACCAAACAGUCUCCUGAAUAAUAGGGGGUAUCUGUUAGGACCCGUGCAGGAUGAAGAGGCAUAUUUCUAUUCCCUAACGCUUCCCAUAUACGCUAACGAGUCCAUCUUGGUCCCGCAACAGUUUUUGUCGGGCUAUAUAACAGUUGCCCUAAAUAUGAGGACAGUCAAUAGUACCUUGGAUGAAGCGAAAAAUACCGAAUAUACCUCCAUCAACUACAUAUCUCCAGUGUCAUCAUCCAAUAACAUCACAGAUUAUGUGGGGUUCAGAUACAUUUUCUCUAAUCCCGUCUUGGAAGAGAGCAAUAUUGACACCGAAGAAACUUUCCCACUCAAGGCUUAUCAACCAGCAGUACAGGUAUUUACCGACGCUUCAGAUCUGGGGAGUUAUACCAAGCUUAAAAACCCAGCAGAACAGAUUGUAGCUCUUGGAUAUUCUGUUAUAGACCUGCGGUUGGCAACAUGGCUAGUCACUGUUGAACAAGUCCAUUCCGAAUUCGAAGGACCCAUUACAAAAUUGAUCAAAAUUAUGGUGGGGCUAUGUAUAGGAUUGGCGGCAGCAAUGUGUAUCAUCACGUUUCCCUUGGCUCACUAUGGAGUACGACCUAUUUUGAAGCUCCAGAAGGCGACCGAAGAUAUCACAGAAAGGAGGGGACUGAAAAAGAAAAGAAGGAAACAUAUCAAUGCAUUUCAGAAAAUGAUGAAAGGUUCUUUCCAUGAAAAUCAUAAUAAACUUGAUCACCAAUUGGGAGAUAAGGAGGAUGAGAAGAAUAUUUCCUUUAGUAAUCCCUCUAGUCCAGAUAGUAUGCAUUUUCCGGUAGCACAUUCAAGUCCUACAAGUGUGCGUAACAGCUGGAAUGGGUCGUCCAAUGAUAGUUUGGGUAAUAGUUUUUCACAAGAAUAUGGAGAUUCUUUAAAUAGUUCCAACGUACAAAGGCAUUCAGAUAAUCAGAUUGUGCCUUCAAUUGUUCAAACAAAUGGUAUAUUUUUUGAUGAAUUGACAGAGCUAACGGAAGCAUUCAAUGUAAUGACUAUGGAAUUGGACAGACAAUAUACUCAUCUUGAAGAUCGUGUUCGUGCAAGAACAAAAGAAUUGGAGAAGGCUAAGAUUCAAGCCGAUCUAGCCAGACAGCAGGCAGAGAAAGCUAAUGAAGCGAAGACGGUUUUCAUAGCAAACAUUUCACACGAGCUGCGAACGCCUCUUAAUGGUAUACUUGGUAUGACUUCCGUAGCGAUGGGUGAAAAAGACAUUGACAAGAUCCAAAAUAGUUUAGAAUUGAUUUUCAAAAGUGGUGAAUUAUUGUUGCAUAUCCUAGUGCAGCUUCUAACAUUUUCCAAAAAUCAGUUGGAUAAGUCAAAAUUACAAAAGAAAAACUUCCUAAUAACGGAAGUGGCGUCCCAAAUCAAAUUUAUUUUUGGAAAGGCAGCCGUUGACCAGGAUGUGAACUUGAUCAUCUCCCUAAAGCCCAACUUGAUUAGAAAAAUUAUAUUAUACGGAGAUUCCAAUAGAAUAAUUCAAGUUGUAAUGAACCUCGUUAGUAAUUCCUUGAAAUUCACACCCGAGAAUGGAACUGUCAAAGUACUGAUUGAAUUAUUAGGCACAUACGAUGAAGAGCGUUCUAAGAACUCAAACUACGAGAAAGUGUAUGUCAAAGGCUUUGAAAAAGACAUGAGCCACUACCAUGUCAGACCAAUUGAAAGUUCACUCCAUGUUAACGGUGAGGACUCCAAAAUUUGCUCUACUGAUACAUCAUCGAUUAUCUCCUCCAAAAGCACAUCUACGUUAUCCACUCUCCGAUCUUCAGUAUAUAUCAAAUCAUUGUCAGAACUAUACAAAACUCCAAAUACAGAAAUUCAAUAUUUUAAUGACGACCAGUUUAUAGAAUCUGAUAUACAAAAGUCUUCUGAUUUGCAUCAGAGAAAUCAUAAGUGCUACAGAUUUGGCAAUAUAGAUGAGAACUGUGUCAUUAGAUUUUCUGUAAGUGAUACGGGUACUGGUAUUGACAAAUCUUUACAAGACAAGAUAUUUGACGCAUUCAUACAAGGUGAUCAAACAUUAUCCAGAUCGCACGGUGGUACCGGUUUAGGUUUGUCCAUUUGUAAGCAAUUUGCAAAGAUGAUGCAUGGUACUCUAACAUUAGACUCCGAAGUGGGAAGAGGUUCUACUUUCACAUUCACAAUACCUCUACCCCGAGCAGGAGAAAUAAUCAUGGAUGAUGAUGAGUUUGAAGAAUUUUCAAAAGAUGAUUUCAAUGAUAAAUAUAAUAAGAAAAAAAAAGUCACCUUUUUGGACGAUGGUGAAAGCUCGGUUAAAUCUCCAAAUAAUAAGUAUCCAAAAUCAAAUGCCUCGACAUUCAGUCAUUCGCAGGAAUCUAACGAAACUCCUGAAGGAGAUCAUCAGACCUAUGUCAAGCCCGAGUUGGUCACACGAGCUUCAACAGGUACUGCCCAAUCGUACAAAUCAAGCAAAUCACAUUUGUCCUCCUCUGUCAUUCCUCCUGCUCUAGCUGAGGAAAGUGGCUGGGACUUGAAACUGUUGGUUGCUGAAGAUAACCUGGUCAACCAAGAAGUCGUUAAAAGAAUGCUAGAAUUGGAAGGUAUAACAAAUAUAUCUAUGGCCAGGGAUGGUAAGGAUGCCGUGGAAUUUGUGCGUGAAACUAUAAACUCUAAAACAGAACCCUAUGAUUUGAUUCUAAUGGAUGUUCAGAUGCCCAACAUGGAUGGUCUAACGGCGACAAAGAUCAUAAGAACAGAAUUGGGAUAUACCGGGCCGAUAGUCGCAUUGACUGCCUUUGCAGAUAUUUCCAAUGAAAAGGGAUGUAUUGAUGCAGGUAUGUCGGGCUUUUUGUCCAAGCCUAUCCGAAGAAACCUGUUGGUUGGUAUCUUGAAACAAUUAUUUGAUGAUAAAGACAAAAAUACGAGGAGGUCCAUCUGA